CCAGGUUUAUGAGAAUCAUGUUGGACAUUUUAAACUAAAAAAAAUAACAUUUUGUUCCCUGGUUUUUUUACCUGCUGUGGAUGUAUGUUCUGUGAAUUUUCUGGUUAUCAAAUGUUUGACAAUACAUUUAUCAGAAUCAUGAAAAAUUUUAAAUGUAAAUAAGGUUGCUCUAGCAAAAUUUCAAAUUGGUGAAACAAUAAGCUGCCUAUAUUAUUUAGAAAAGGCUUGAUUAAGAUUAUUUCAAGCCAAUGAUUAAGGGCAAGUCAUUUUUGAGGUGCUGACAAUUUUCUAACAUUCCAAAAUAGGUAAGCGCUUUAUUGAAAUAACAUCAGUACUCAUUAUACAGGGAUUCAGUUGUUAUGGACCCUGGAGUCCAAAGUCAGACUUUUAGUGGAUCAUCUCCAGAAGAAAAGGGAGAUGGAGAGGCAAACACUUCUAGAGUGGCACCAAUGAACCAAAGCGAAUUCCUUGAAGUGAACAAAUACCAUGAGAAAGAUAAGACAACUUUGGGUCAGAAGGUGUCUACUGGUUGGAGCAAGUUGUGCAAUGUUGACACACUUCUAGAAAGAGUCUAUGGACUCAUGCCCAUCUUGGAAUGGCUCCCCAAAUACAGCUUCAGGAAGAACCUUGUGGGGGACACUGUUUCUGGGAUAACUGUGGCUGUCAUGCAUAUUCCUCAAGGAAUGGCGUAUGCCAUAUUGUCAGGGAUGCCAGCAGUUAAUGGACUCUACAUGGCAUUUUUUCCUGUGCUUGUGUAUGUAGUUUUCUGCACAUCCAGGCAUAACUCUCAAGGAAGUUUUGCAAUUGUUCUACUUAUGGCUGGAACACUGGCUGAACAAGUUAUUAAUGCCCAUGAAACUGGAACAAACCUGCUGGGACCAAGGAUUAUAGACUUUGACCAAUCUAAAGGAUACACACCUACACAAGCUGUGACAAUGGUGGCUUUUGGUGCAGGAAUGUGGCAAGUUCUCAUGGGAGUGCUGAAACUUGGAUCACUGUCUGUUCUAUUGUCUGAUGUUCUAGUCAGUGGCUUCACAACUGGUUCAGCAGUCCAUGUCCUCACUUCCCAGUUGAAGAACAUUUUUGGACUGAAUGUGCCAAAGGAGAGCAAGUUUCCUAAGCUUCUUAGGUCCCACUACUUUGUCAUCACUCAUCUGUUGGAAUCAAAUGUGGCAGCAAUCAUUGUAUCCACUGUUGCAAUGACAUUUCUAGCUGUGAACAAUGAUCAUCUGAAGCCAAGGUUAGCCAAGAAGUGCAGGAUUCCUUUGCCUGUUGAGCUGAUUGUGGUGGUGGUUGGAACAGCUGUUUCUUACUAUUUGGAGCUGCAUGACAAACAUGGCCUUGUCACUAUUGGAAGUUUGCCUACUGGAUUGCCUGCACCAAGUGCCCCACCUUUGGAACUCCUUCCAGAUGUGCUAGGUGGUUCUUUGGUGAUUGCUGUGGUGGCCUACACAACAAGUUAUUCCAUGGCCAGAAUCCUGGCCAUUAGACAGAACUAUGAAGUGGAUGCCAAUCAGGAGCUGUUGGCUCAAGGACUGGGGAAUAUCACAGGGGCAUUUUUCAGGUCUGGUCCAAUAGCUGCUUCACUUUCAAGAUCCUUGAUUCAACAGACUGUUGGGGGAAUGACACAGAUUGCCAGCAUUGUUUCCUGCUUGGUGCUCCUGGUGAUCUUGUUAUUUAUUGGACCCUUAUUUGAAUCCUUGCCAAAUUGUAUCCUGUCAUCAAUCAUUCUGGUGGCCCUGAAAGGGAUGUUUGUGCAAGUCUUUGAUUUCACUGCUGCUUGGAAAACAAGCAGGCUUGAUGCUGCUAUUUGGCUUUCCACAUUUUUAUCUGUUGUUGUCAUUGAUAUUGACAUUGGCUUGGGUGUGGGUGUGGGUGUUUCACUCAUCACUUUGAUCUGGAGAGGUCAAAGAGCAUAUGCCUGUGUGCUGGCUGAAAUUCCUGGAACUCCUGGAAUAUAUGUUGAUGCUGAGAGGUUUGAAACUGCUGAAGAAAUUCACAAUGUGAAGAUUUUCCAUUAUGGAGCUGGACUCCAUUUUGCAAAUUGCGACUAUUUCAAGGACACAUUGUACAAGCUAACUGGCCUUGACCCCAUCAGAUGGCAUGAGUCUAUUUUGCACAGACAGAAACUAGCCAUGAAGGCAAAGAAACUUGGCAGGCCAAGAAAUGAGAAGUUCUGCUGCCUGUCCUGCAUAUCCAGUUCUGCAGAUGAGUCUAUGGUUCAAAAGGCUGAUGAAGGGGAAUUGAGUUACAUGGACAGGAAGCUGAGAAAGCUGAGUGUCCAUGUUGACCCAACAGGGAACCAGUUGCCAUUCAGAUACCUCCUCAUUGACCUGUCUGGGGUCAGCUUUGUGGAUGCAGCUGGGAUAAACUUGCUGAAGUCUCUUGUGCAAAAUUAUGAUAGAAUCUAUGUCACUGUUGUUUUUGCAGGAGCUCAAGUGCCAGUCAUGAAGAUGUUUGAGAAGCUGGACUUUCUCAUUGAUGUACCACCACAGUAUCACUUCCCUACUGUUGGAGAUGCUGUGGACUGCUCCAGAUGGAAAUGCUUUCCUGAUAAACCUAGAAGUACCAGAGUUACUGGCAACAAUGAGGCUGUUACUAUUGAUGUUGAAUCCCUGAAGGAAGAAUAAUAAAAUCAAUUUGUGUUCAGUA